AUGGAAACCACGUUCGGUUAUAUAAUGAUGGGCAGAGCUCAGUGUGAUGACUCCGAUUUAAACACGCACAAAAAUAAUAAUAAAACAUUUUUCUGUUCUGCUCAAACGCACAAUUUAGAAGACUUAACGCAACGCUUCUGGGAACUCGAAAGGGUACCAGGUAAAGUUCACACAAGUCCUGAUGAUGAAGUCUGCGAACGUAUCUUUCAGGCAACGCAUUCCCGCAACGAGACGGGUAGAUAUACUGUAACGCUCCCAUUUAAAUAUGAUCCCCUUUUGCUCGGAAACUCGUAUAAUAUCGCUAAAAAACGAUUAAUAAAUUUGGAAAGAAAAUUAGAUAACGCACUUGAAUUACGCUCCGAUUAUAACGCAACUAUACAAAAUUAUAUUGAUCAGGGUUACUUAUCAAAAGUCAACUCUGAUGCUCAAAUUCGCAACUCUUAUUACAUACCGCAUAGGGCCGUCUAUCGGCCAGAUAAAAGUACGUCGAAGAUUCGCGUAGUUUUAGACGCCAGCGCUAACACGACGUCGGGAAAAUCGCUUAAUGAUUUGUUGUUUACGGGUACCAACCUUCAACAAAACAUUUUUAAUUUAUUAAUUAAUUUACGCAUGUUUUCUAUAGCCAUGUCAGCGGACAUAGAAAAAAUGUAUUUUCAAGUAUAA